AUGAUACCAGUGCUGGAGGAACAAUUCUCCCACCAUAUAGAUUUUGCAGCCCAUUUGCUGGCAGUCAAGGAUUAUGUGACCCUGCUUGGAGUCACUCUCAGACAGUAUGGUUACCAAGUGGGAUCACUGCUCGAGGCUCUGGACAGCAGCAGAAACAAAUACCAUGUGCUUCUCUUAGAAGACUGCAGGCAAAGAAUUGUCAUUGUCAUUGCCAAUGACUCGUACGAGCAGAUGAUGAUGAAAAAAGAAACAGACUACAACAUGAAUGUGCUUGCAUUUCACCUGCAAACCUCGGAGAUCAUGCCUGCUUUCCCUUACAUCGCGCCCUUCUCCUCCAUGGUUCCCGAUGCUUGUCGCAUCGUGGCAUCCUUCAUCAAGGAAUCAGUGGACUACUUGUCCUGCGGGGGCCAACUUGAGUUCUACAAUUUCUUAAAGAAGUACUUGGACAUACUGCUGAUAGAUGUUUUGAACGAGGUCAUCCUCCAGAAGAUCCACAGCGGCACCACCGGGGUGUCCCAGGCGAUGCAGAUCGCUGCAAACACGGCUUUCCUCGAAAGGGCUUGCGAUUUUUUCAUGCAACACGCGGCCAAAGAGUGCGGGAUCUCGGUGAGAUCGGUGGAAAGGCCUCAGGGCAGCUUAACAGCAAAAGUGGUUCUGAAGACUUCCAGGGACGCAGCCUACCUUGCUUUGUUGAACUUGGUGAACAACAAAUUGGAUGAGUUCAUGGCGCUCUCGGAAAACAUUAGUUGGACAUCGGAGGAGACGCCCCAUCUGGGACACGAUUACGUGAGCGAGGUAGUAAUCUACCUGGACACGCUGAUGUCAACGGCGCAGCAAAUUUUGCCAUUGGAUGCUCUGUACAAGGUAGGGAGCGGAGCUCUUGACCACAUUUCGAAUUCCAUAGUGGGGGCUUUUCUAAGCGAUGGAGUAAAGAGGUUCAAUGCAAAUGCAGUUUCGAGGAUCAACAAUGAUAUAAAGAUGUUGGAGAACUUCGCAGACGAGAAGUUUCACAGCACUGGGUUGAGUGAGAUAUACAGGGAAGGUGGGUUGAGAGGGUGCUUGAUCGAAGCAAGGCAACUGAUAAACCUUCUUUCGAGCAGCCAGCCGGAGAAUUUCAUGAAUCCUGUGAUAAGGCAGAAGAACUACAGCACCUUGGAUUAUAAGAAGGUGGCCUGCAUAUGCGAGAAGUUCAAGGAUUCCUCAGAUGGGCUGUUUGGGAGUCUUUCCAAUAGGAACACAAAGCAGACUGCUAAGAAGAAAUCAAUGGACAUGUUGAAAAGAAGACUCAGAGAUUUUAAUUAAAGUUCACUAUUUUAUUUUUUUGCAUUACACUUUUGGUUUCACCUCCUAAAAGGAUUCCCUUAAUGUUCUUGCGGAACAGCUUGCCUUUUUAUUUUCCACCUCCUUUUCACAUUGCAUUGGAAGCAUGUAAGCACGUUGUGAUUUUUUUAUUUUUUUUAAUUUUAAUGUGUUGCAUUUGUUUUUGAUUCAUACAAUUAAUGAA